CCCGGGCUCAGAUCGGGGGAAAGUUGUCGGCGGCGGCGGCGGCGGCGGUGCGCCGCGCGCCCUCGUUGUGUAACCUCGGCGCUGCUUGCCGGGCCGGACGGGGAAGUUGUUGGCCCGCCCGCCGGCCCGCCAGCCCGGUUCGAUCCCCAGCCUCGGGCGGGUUUCAUGGCCCGCGGGGGCCGCGGGUCCGGAGCCGGCGUCCUGGGCUGCCCCCCGCGCGCCCCCUCCCGCGGGGCCCCCCGGCGCCCGCUGCCUCCCGCGCGCCCCCUUCUCCGAUGCGCGCUGCGCCCCUCGCCGCCGCCGCCCUCUCUCCGCCUUUCGCUCCUCGGAGCCUCCGCCUAAGUCCGCCGGGACGCGAGCAUGGCCGAGGGGCCGUGGUGGUCGGCGAUCCCCAACGGGACGGACGCCGCCUUCCUGGCCGCCGCCGCCGCCGCCGCCGCGGGCCCGGGCUCCCCGUGGGGGGGCGCGAACAACAGCACGAUCGCCGCCGCCUCCUCCACCGCCGCCGCCGCCGCGUUCCGCUGCUCGCUCACCAAGACGGGCUUCCAGUUCUUCUACCUGCCCAUCGUGUACAUCGUGGUGUUCAUCGUGGGCUUCCUGGGCAACAGCGUGGCCAUCUGGAUGUUCGUGUUCCACAUGAAGCCCUGGAGCGGCAUCUCGGUAUACAUGUUCAACUUGGCCCUGGCCGAUUUCUUGUACGUGCUCACGCUGCCCGCUCUCAUCUUCUACUACUUCAACAAGACCGACUGGGUCUUCGGCGACGCCAUGUGUAAGCUGCAGCGCUUCAUCUUCCACGUGAACCUCUAUGGCAGCAUCCUCUUCCUCACCUGCAUCAGCGCGCACCGCUACAGCGGCGUGGUGUACCCGCUGCAGUCGCUGGGCCGCCUCAAGAAGCGCAACGCCGUGUACAUCAGCGUGCUCGUGUGGCUCAUCGUGGUCCUGGGCAUCUCCCCCAUCCUCUUCUACUCCGGCACGGGGCUCCGCAAGAACAAGACCCUCACCUGCUACGACACCACCACCGACGAGUACCUGCGGAGCUACUUCAUCUACAGCAUGUGCACCACCGUGGCCAUGUUCUGCAUCCCCCUCGUGCUGAUCCUGGGCUGCUACGGCCUGAUCGUGAGGGCCCUGAUCUACAAGGACCUGGACAACUCGCCCCUGCGGAGGAAGUCCAUCUACCUGGUGAUCAUCGUGCUCACGGUGUUCGGCGUGUCCUACAUCCCCUUCCACGUCAUGAAGACGAUGAAUCUGCGCGCCCGGCUGGACUUUCAGACCCCGGAAAUGUGCGCUUUCAACGACAGGGUGUACGCCACCUACCAGGUGACCAGAGGCCUGGCCAGCCUUAACAGCUGCGUGGACCCGAUCCUCUACUUCUUGGCUGGGGACACUUUCCGAAGGAGGCUCUCCCGGGCCACCAGGAAGGCUUCCCGGAGGAGCGAAGCCAAUCUGCAGUCCAAGAGUGAGGACAUGACCCUCAACAUUUUGUCCGAGUUCAAGCAGAAUGGAGACACGAGCUUGUGAAGACGCGAGAAAUCCCCACACGCCCGGCUGUUGGAACAUGGUCUCAGGCUGUCCAGCUGAUUUACAGUAUGCGUUACAUACAUUGUUUCAGCUUCUGGAGAACUUUAUUUCGGAGUGUGGGUCCAUGGAGGAGGUGGACAGUGACUAGAAAUGCCCUUUUACUCCAUGGCAUGUUUCUUUUUUUUCUUUUUUUUUUCCAGAGUGUUUCUUCUUUAGCUUCGUACAUCCCGCAGUAGACAAUGGUGGCAUGUGGAUGCAUGUCCAAUAAUAGCAAGUAUGAUCUCCCUGGCUCCUUCCAGGCAAAAAGAGCUCUCUGGGAAGAGUCUGUGUGUGCUAAUGGUGACAUGAGGGUCAGGAUGAAGCAGUGAUCUUACCAUCUGAUUCUUGACCUAUGAUGAUAUGAAUAAGUAUUUUAAUAAAUGCAGAAGUGUGUUGGCAUUUUGAGGAAAGAAUUGUUAAAAUUAGGGGAUUUAUCAGUUAAUUGAUAACCAUGGCAUUGCCAUUCGGCCGGCUAUGGAACUCUCGACCCUUUCAAGUCCAUUCUUUGGAAUAAAAAGGUUGGAUAACAGCUCUCGGUUGGGACUGUGGAAACAUUAAGACUACAGACAGACAGCGAUGUAUGAAAUCUUCUACUGUACAGAAUUCUUCAAUUCCAGUCAUUGGCUAAAAAUUCUUACGAAGUUCAAUUGUGAUGUGUCCUGUAAGUUUUCUCAUCUAGGCUGGCAGUACACUACGCUGCCUUUGGAUACAAAAGAGAAAUGCUUAGAGCUGCUGGAAUUGGACUAGAGACAAUAAAGAUGUGUAACUACAAUAGUAAGAGAUCUAUUGAAGCUUUAAUUUUGCUGGUCAAAUUGUAGCUAUCGUAGUAUUUAUUAAUGAAGCUUACAGUUCUUCAGUUGUACAGAUUGAAAGACUCUCUUGAAAGAUCCCACAUACUGAUGUAAAUUAUAUUUAUUACAAUGUACAAUAUUAAUGUUGCACUGGUAUCUUUGCAUAAUAAAUGAUACAUACAUAAAAUGAAUUAUUGUAUAUUAUGAUGCUUUUCAAAUAUUAGUAUCUUGACAUUUUUGUCUUUAGAUUUUUUUAAUUUAAAUAGAGAAAUCUGUUUUGUGAUAUAAUUGAUUUACUCUAGAUACCCUUUUGCACAUUUAACUUUUUAUUUAGGGUUCUUUCUAUACAGACACAAUUUGGUGUCCAACUAUAUUAGCUCAAUAGCAAAUAGAAAACAUCUGGGUCUGUAUAUAAAAUUAUAGAAAAGUUGAUAUUAUCUUUUCAGGACAUUUAAAAUUGUACCCUCAAAUAUGAUCAGAGCUUCUAAUUCCCAAUGCAAUGCUUGUCCUAGCUUCAAAGUAGAUUCACUUAGAAGUCUGGUGGGUUGGGCACUUUUGAAGCAGCAUUAGAAUUUAGAGAAAAACUUAAGGAAGAUGGGAGAGAAAACGACAGCUGGUGUAAUCUGUUACUGUGCUUAGUCUUGCUUAAAUUUCUGUGCUGUGUUUCUUUUUAAGGUGAAAUAGUAUAAUCUUAAUUUCUCUGAGACAGAGCUUCUAAGUAACACAAUACCAGCAAGUUUAACAUUGCCAAUCAUUUUAAUGUUUCAGUUUUUCAGUUGAGAACUUUAAUUCCAAGUGUUAAUAGUGAUAAGUGUAUUAUAUUUGGCUGCUGAAUUCUGUUACAUUUUUAUUCUGUUGUACAUUGUAUUAUACAUGUCAUUACAAAUUAAUAUGAAGGGAGAUAUACGUGACAUAUCAAAAUUUGUGAAUUUGAAUUGUAGUCUGUGCUUUUGCAAAAAUGUUUAUUUUUAUAUUAUCUGUGACUUUAUAUAGAUAAUUGAAUUGGGUUUCCUUGUGAUUAAUAGUGAUAUUGAAUGAGCAGUAUGGAAACAGUGUUACUUGACUUUUUGAGCUUUCUCAGGUUAUCUAAAUCAAUGGUAGCUUAACAAAUUCCAAACUAAUUGUGCACAAUUGUGUUUCUAAUAAAAGGAAUGUACAUUUCCUAUACAUUUGCAUGCAGGAAAGAACAAUGUUGCGUGUGUGUUUGUGUGUACAUGUGCGUGCGUGCGUGCGUGCGUGCUUGUGUGUGUGUGUCUAAGGCAUGGCAGCCAAUUUUGCAUCUGCUAUUGAUAAUAACAGCAGAGCCUUGAUAUCAUUGUACCUAUCAUAGGCAAUUAAAACUGAAAAGUCUCAAUAAAACUAUGAAAUGUG